CGAUGAGGCAGGCCUUUUAAACAGCUCCCCUCGGCAGCUCUUCUGGCUAGAAGUGUGAAGAGGUAAUGAAGAUUGUACCUAUAAAGCUGGUCUUAAGGCAGACGUGUGAAGCCAGAAAUUUUCUCAACUCCGGUACCUGUCCUGAAAAGGAAAUUCCAGCCCUAAAUGAAAAAUAGACCGUGACAGUAUGUGAAAUAUGGGCGUUAACUAUGAGAAGUUCCAAGACUGGUAGUAAAACAAUUUCACAAAUCGGGAGACCCUGCAGUUCGCAUUUCUGUUCUGGCCGGAUCAAGGAUCAGAUUUUGAAAAAUUUCAGUGCAAUGAAUUAGAUCACUGCUAUCUUGUACUCCCUUUUAUUCUCCUGUUUGUUGAACAUGGUGAAGAUGGAUGUUAUUCGAUGGGACUUGCAGCUUUUCAUUCGUAUAGGAUGAUGCAGACUUUCCUGUAAACUACUAUCCAUCAGUGCUAGACAAUCCUAGGAUGGAGUCCAUCAGGAAUCAAAGAUUUGUUACGCUGCAGCUCCAUCAGUUCGCUUAGUACCAUUUCCGUCACGAUUUAACAAGUGGGUCUGAAUUAUCCUGUGUUUUUGAGCCAGUGCUGCCCACUGUAUAAAAGCAUCGAAACUCUGGACAUUGUUACUCUGGGAUUCUGAGGUGGAAUUGGACCUGGCCAAUGCAUUCAGUACCAGCCUCAGGAGGAAGUUUAAAUACUGAUUACUGUCAACAUACUCUGACAUACUGAAACUGAAAUUCAUCCGAUUUUGGUAUAUUUUGAAAAUUCUUUAGAUUUCUACUGAGGCACAGGAGCUGCCAUCCUAAAUACCUGUGCCAUUAAAGGUGUGGCUCUGACCUUGGAGUAUCACAUGGCAGCAAGAAUAAUAUUGAGCUGUUGUCUGGCCCCUACUCUACCAAAGCCUUCAAUCUCAGGAUAUAGUGAGUCUGCUCAUCUGGAAAUGAGUUUUGAUAAUGGCAGCGAUUUGGGUAGCAAUGAUAGCAGUUGCCACUUCAAUGAGGAAUUCAAAUACAUCUUAUUGCCAGUGUCCUAUGGAAUAGUAUUUGUGGUUGGCCUUGUUCUCAAUGCCAUUGCGCUGUGGAUUUUCUCAUGUAAACUGAGACCAUGGAAUGCCAGUAUAACCUAUAUGUUUAACUUGGCUCUUUCAGACCUUCUAUAUGUACUAUCUCUGCCACUUCUUACAUAUUACUAUGCAAAUCGGAAUGAUUGGCCAUUUGGUGUGAUUCUGUGUAAAUUAACCCGCUUCCUUUUCUAUGCCAACCUGUACUCCAGCAUUCUUUUUCUUACGUGCAUCAGUGUGCACAGAUUCAUAGGCAUAUAUUACCCUUUCCAAUCACUCAAAUGGAUUAAAGUGAAGCGGGCCUGGGUCGUAUGCCUGCUGGUCUGGGCAGCUGUCAUCAUCUGCCUCAUUCCCAAUUUGCUUUUUGUCACAACAAGCAAACGGGCUGGUGACAUACUCUGUCAUGACACAACGCGUAGGGAAGAUUUUCCUCAGUAUGUUUCAUACAGUUCUGCUAUCAUGGUGAUUCUUUUUAUCAUACCAUUUUUCAUCAUUGUCAUCUGUUACAGUUUAAUGACCAGAGAGUUGAUCAAAGCCCCCAUGUCUAAAUCCAAUAAAACUUCAUACAACGUCAAAAAGAAAUCCAUUAAAAUGAUCAUCAUUGUUUUGUUUGUCUUUUCCUUGUGUUUUGUACCUUUCCAUAUCACAAGGACAAUAUAUUAUACUUUCAGGGUACUUGAGAAGAGCUGUUAUGCACUUAACAUUGUGAACUUCACAUAUAAGAUCACAAGACCACUGGCCAGUGCCAACAGCUGCAUUGACCCUAUUUUGUACUAUCUGGCUGGAGACAUUUAUCGAAAAAAGGUUGUGCAUGCUGUGAUUAGGAGAAAAGGUUGUGUUCGCCAAACUGUAUCAAAAAUGGAUCGCAAAACAAAUGAAAAAUCAAUGAUAAACACUGGUACCGUCUAUUCCAUUAUGCAGAGGUGAGACUGAUGCAAUCAAGAAAAUCUCUUAACUUUUAGGUCAACAACCGUCAGAAAGGCCCAAAAUGGUUGGUUGCUCAUUAAAUAGAAGCUUUCACACUAAUGCUGACUAAUGGACCUGGAUACCAGUGACAUUCAGAUUAAACUUGUUGUGACCCAAACCAAACAUUGUCUUUGAUGACUUCAAUUGACAAUCAUAAGAAGACAAUAACUUGUUUGGCUGAGAAAUGUAAAUGAACGUAAAAUGAUCUCUAUUUCAAAUGCCCACUAUAGCACCCUCCAAACCCACAACCUCUUGAAGGUCAAGAGCAACAGAUGUAUUGGAGCACUACCAACUGCAAAUUCCCCUCCAAGUCAAGCACCAUCCUGACUUGUAAAACUAUAUUACCAUUCCUUCACUGAGCCUGGAUUACAAUCCUGAAACUUCCUAAUAGCAGAAUAGACUUACCUACUCCACAUGGAUUACAGCAUUCAAAAGUGUGGCUCAGUGCUACCAUCUUGAGAGGAAUUACAUCAGACAAUAAAAAUUCUGGCCUUGCCACUCAUACCCCAUCAAGGAAUAAUCUAAAAGAAAAACAAUUUCUUACACGUCUCAAAGCGUUUCUCAAUUGUUGUUAAGACCAAAAUGAGUGAUGUUUGGACUAGGAGUAUCAUUUAUGGAAAACUGAAAAAAAAAAUGCAGACUAUAUUUUCCAGGAAUUGUGUCAUCUCAAGAUUUAAAUUUUAUAGUGGAUACAUUUAUUUCAAAACAUUUGGCAAAUGUUUCCAUUUUGGUUCAUGAACCUGACACUGGGAUCAAAUGUAUGUCUUUACCAUGUGCCAUGUUGAGAAUAGCAAUCCAAUAAAUCAGGUUUUCAGGAUUGAGCAAUUAUUAGCCAGAGGGUGUGCUUACCAUCCAAUUGAGGAUGGUGGAUGAGCUUUGAAAACUGGAGGACCAAUAGGAUACUUACAGGAAAAGACAGGUGAGGUAAUCUUUUGUGUUUUCUCUGCACUUUGAAAGGCUUUGAAAUAAACAAUGCUCAGAUUUGUUGGACUUCCAUCUUGGCAGCUGUGGGCACUGUGAUGGGCAGGUAGAUGGAUUGGGCUGGGGUACUCAGGUGAUCCUACAGCAUUACCCUC